AUGGCUGCCGCCUUCCCAAGAGGAGCCUCUUUUGAACAUAAGGACUAUGACGGAUUGGCUCCGGUCUGUUGGCCAGCUCAAAAUUAUUUUUACGAGAGCCUAUUGCACGCUGGCCGCUCAGAUGCAACUCAUCAGUGGACAGUUUUACAAAUUGAGCGAUCAGAUCCUCAGCCAGCUGUAAAGUGUUGGUGUUUCUUCUGGGACGAAGGAGACCCUUCAAUUGGCGAUAGAUGUCGUCUUUUAUCAACUCAUCGCUGUAGUUUGUGGGCGGGUAGACAGUGGUGC